GCCCCUCCCUGUGGCAUGGUGCCAGGAAAAGGGGGUGGGAGGCAGCUCUGGCCUCGGUUUCCCCGGCUGUCUGCUGCCGCGAUAACGGUGUCCAGGCAGGAGACCGGCCGAGCCUGCUGGGCCGGUCCCAGGCCCCUCGCUGUGUCCCGAGGCCAAGCUUUCUGGUUGGACCUGAUUCAUUUGGGCGCCCCUCCCCCUCCGUCCUUCCCCUCCCCCUCCUGGCACCCGUCUCCCAGCUCCGGCCGGCCGGAGAGCAGCAGCUCGGGCGAGCUCAGCCCGCACCGGGCCGCACCGGGCCGCCAGCAGGAGACCACGGCUGAGUCCGGCAUGGCCAGCCCCGGCAGGGAGGAGGAGGACGGGGGCGGCGGCCUACUGGGCGGUGCCGGCGCCCCCGCGGAGAGGCUGGCCAAGGCGAGCGAGCUCUUCCUCCUCUGUGACAAGGAGGCCAAGGGCUUCAUCACCAGAGCGGACCUGCAGAGGCUGCAGCACGAGCUCCCCCUGACCCCGGAGCAGCUGGACGGGGUGUUCGAGAGCCUGGACCGCGGGCACACCGGCUUCCUGACUCCCCGAGAGUUCAGCCUGGGCCUGGGCGCCUUUCUGGGAGCCGAGGACGUGCCGCCGGGCUCCCCGGACACGGAGACCUUCGAGUCAGGCUGGGGCCCCAGACGGGCAGAUGGGGAGGAGGAGGAGGAGGGGGGGGGGCCUUUCUGGGCCUCCAUGGAGCAGCUGGGGGCCGCCCCCGCCCUCAGAGAGCAGCAGGAGGUGCGGGCUCUGUGGGUGCGGCUGCACAGGGAGCACCCGGAUCUCCUGAGCACCUUCGAAGACGUCCUGGUGCACGCGUCCUCCUGCCUGGGGGAGGCAGCGCGGGAGAGGGAGACCGUGGAGCAGGCUCUGUGGAGGCGUGAGAGCGACCACGAGAAGGAGAUCCGGUGCCUGUACGAGGAGCUGGAGCAGCAGAUCCACGCGGAACGCCAGCGGCUGCAGAGCCAGGACUCCUCCCAGCAGGACCGGCUCAGCCACCUGGCGCAGGAGCUGCAGAGCAGGGACCAGGAGCUGGAGCGGGCCGGCCGGCGGCACAGAGAGCUAGAGCAGCAGCUGGAGCAGCGGACCUCUGAGCAGCUGGAGACACGCCUUCGCAACGCCCAGCUCUGGCUGGCCAAUGAGGAGCUUCGGGCCCAGCUGGAGCAGAGCCGGGCCCAGCUGGAGGCUGCCCACGAGCAGCUGCUUCGCCUGCGGCAGGAGGCCCGGGCCCAGGAGGAGGAGAAGCACAGGGACGUCGUCAUGGUGUCCAGGAACAUGCAGAAGGAGAAGCACAGCCUCCACCGGCAGCUGGAGCUCCUCAGGGACCUGAACCGAAGGCUGCGGGACGAGAGAGACGCCUUCGAGGCCAAGAAGCUGGGCAGCGGGCGGAGGAGGAAGGCCGUGGCGCCCCCUGGCUGUGGCUGCUGCGCCUGUGACGGCUCCCCCCGUCCCCCCGUGCCGGGCCGGCCGGGCGCCCACCCCCAAUAAACCUGUGACAGCA